CAUACCUGAAUAGAAACUAAAUUCAGAACACACUGUGCAUCAAUAAAAUGUCUUCCUUAACAGAAAGCGUAUAUACUAAAUACGAGGAUAAGCCAGAAGAAUCAAGAUCUGAUUUUGAGAAUCUAGACAUUACCUUGAGAUGGAAUCGCUUUAGCCUACGUCAGCUUGGGAUUUGGCCAGAUCCGGAAUUGUUUGGAGGCAGAUCAUUGAGGAAAUACAAGUUUCUGUUUCCUGCAUUUUUUAUGCUUGCAUUCACCAUCAUCCCGCAGACGACGUUGCUUGAUAUGGUCUGGGGAGAUCUGGACCUCGUCGUCGAUAAUUUAUGUGUGGCUAACCUACCAAUGAUUUCCGCUCUGAUGAAGCUUUUAAUACUCCGAUUCAACAGUAAAGCUCUACGACCAGUUCUCGCCUGCAUUACUGAGGAUUGGAAAAAUGUAAAUAACCCAGGGAAACGCGAAGUCUUACUGAAGUAUGGAAAAAUUGCAAAAAUUAUAUCCCUCGUCUUUACCUUUCUGAUAUACAUGACGGUCAUCAGCUACGUUGUUCUUCAAAUAUAUUUGAAUUAUCAGACAAAGAUAAUAAACGGAACGGAUACAUCGCGACGUUUCCUUUUUCAAUCUCACUUUCCUUAUAACACGCAAGUCAGUCCUAGUUACGAAUUGACUUGGCUUAUCAACCUAUUGACCCUUGACAACAUAUUGGCUAUCCUCGUACUUAACGUAUGUAGCCAAUACAAGAAUCUGCAAAUCGACUUGAAAAAUGUAUUAGAAAACAUGGAUACGUACAAGGAAACGUUUAUAAAAAAACUUUCAACCAUUGUACGCAAGCACAACCACUUGAACAGGUUGGCAAUUUUAUUGCGAAACAAAGUUUUAUAUAAAUUGGUCGAAAUAGUUUUAUCUUUUUUCUGUUUCAAAGGUGUGCUGAUACAAUUGAUAAAUCAUUUAACCGUAUGCUUCUCGUGCAAAUGUUUGCUUCUACGGUUCAGCUUUGUUUUCAGGGCUUUCAAGUACUUACGGUAAGAUACACCCAUGACGCGUAGGACUU